UAUACACACUUGAAAAGCAAACAUGGAAUCACUGAGAGAUGGUGAACCACCACUGAGCCCAGUGGCGCGUCUGUUCCAAGUGCCAUCCUUAACAGUUUAUGUGGUUGCCAUAAUGGGUUGCAAAACAAGCAUAAAUCCUCAAGUUAUUAAAGAAGGUUUCCGUCAAGUUCCGAUUGCGCAUCCUAGGUUCACCAGCAAGCUGGUACAAAAGGGAGGGAAAAUUAGAUGGACCCCAACAAAAAUUGACUUAGAUGACCAUAUCAUAGUUCCUGAAAUAGACUCUAAUAUAGAAUUUCCAGAUAGAUUUGUUGAAGACUACAUCUCCAAUCUCACCCAAACUACAUUGGACCUAUCCAAGCCACUUUGGGAACUUCACAUUCUCAACAUUAAAACCUCAGAUGCAGAAGCAGUUGCCUUUUUUCGGAUCCAUCAUUCACUUGGGGAUGGUAUCUCUCUUGUAUCACUCCUCCUUUCUGCUACACGAAAAACCUCUGACCCUGAAGCUUUACCAACAGUGCCAUCACUGAAGAGAGAGAGCACUAGCUCGUACCAUUGUUCCAACACAUUCUGUCGGGUCUUCGUAGCUAUUUGGUGGUGGUUGGGCCUGAUUUGGCACACUAUGGUGGAUACGGUGCUUCUUCUUUUGACCAUUUUGUUCAUUAAGGACACUCAUACCCCUCUGAAAAGCCCACAUAGGACUCAACUUAAAGCAAAGCGGUUCGUGCACUACACAAUUAAUAUGGAUGACAUCAAGCUCGUGAAGAAUGAAAUGAAAACGACCAUUAAUGACGUUUUGUUGGGGGCAACACAAGCUGGUCUGACUCGCUACUUGAGUCGCGAAUAUGGUAUGGAUGCUGAUAGUGGUGCUACAAAACAAAGAAUAAGUCAUGUCUUUAAGAACAUUCGCCUUAGGGCAGGAAUUGCCAUGAAUAUUAGACGUGUACCAGGAAUCCAGAAUAUGUCAGAUAUGUUGGCUAAGAAAUCAAAAGCUAGAUGGGGUAAUGUGGUUGGACUUGUAACCUUCCCUUUUUCCAUCGCUUUACAUGAGGAUCCAUUAGAAUAUGUUCGUCAUGCUAAGGCCAAAAUGGACAGGAAAAAACACUCUUUGGAAGCUAAUGUAUCUUAUUUUUGUACAAACUUGGCGUUGAAUCUAUUUGGAAUGAAGGUCGCUGAAGCCAUAUCUCUAAGAUAUAUGUUCAAUACAACUUUGGUCUUCUCUAACGUGCCUGGUCCGAUGGAAGAAAUUAGCUUCUAUGGCCAUCCUAUAGCAUACAUUGCUCCUGGUGUAUAUGGACAACCCCAUGCACUCACGUUCCAUCUUCUUAGCUAUGCUAACCAGAUGACCAUUUCUCUAUCAGUGGAUCCAACUAUCAUUUCAAAUCCAUACCUCUUAUGUGAUGAUUUAAAAGAAUCAUUCAAACUCAUUCGUGAUGCUGUGCAAAGAAAGAUCAAUAUUGAAAAUAUAAUUUGACGACUAUAGAUAAUUAUAUAUGUACGGAUUUAAAGUAAUAAAUUUGAUAUUUCUCAAAUCACCAUACUAA